AUGCGUAAUCCACCUCCGGAGGUCAUGGCUACAUGGCCAAAGCCAAACCAUGUCAACCCAGAGCAUCGUGGACCUGCACUGCUCAUAGUCGAGAUCAGCAUCAUGUCUGUCGCCAUCCUCACCCUCAUGGCCCGUCUCUACGUCCGAAUAUUCAAAGUCAACAAACAUGGCCUAGACGACUGGCUUAUGCUGGCCGCCAUGAUUUUCGGCAUUGGAGUCACUAUCUGCGUGAUUCUCGCAGCCCAGCUGUACGGCUGGAACAUCCACGUUUGGGAUCUCACAAAGGAGCAGGCCGAAACAGGCCGAAAGGUCUCGCUUGCUGCCCAGACACUAUUCCUGUUUUCGUCAGGAUUGGCAAAGAACUCGAUUCUUGUUUCCUAUCUGCGUAUUGCCCCUGCUCACUCAUGGCUUCGGCGUUUGACCUAUGUCUCAAUUGUUAUUGUCACCACACUUAUCUUUGCCUUUCUGAUCGUACUAUGGACGCAAUGCACACCUACCUCUGCCUACUGGGCCUUGACAGGAGGUGACAGUUGCCAUCCGGAAGGUCCCGGUGUACUGAGUCAAGCAAUCACAACAGUUCUGACCGAUCUUCUCGUCUGCGCUCUGCCCUUGCAGACACUAUUUCAACUCAAACUCCCUCUGUCACAACGCAUCGCCCUCAUCGUCGUCUUCUCGCUAGGUCUGGUUGUUGUCUUUGCGGCCUCCAUGCGCGCAUAUUACACUCAUUGGGUCACCGACGAAACGUACGAUGUUACCUGGGAGGGGUUUCACCUUUGGAUCUGGACCGCUGUCGAAGCGAAUCUGGGAGUCAUCUGUGGAAGCGUUCCGGCCCUCCGACCCUUGUUCAGAAACAUGUUUCGAUCAAAGUCCAGCAGUUACUAUAACAACACCCAGUCGAACGUUUAUCCCCCUGGCACCGCCCCUGGGGUUGUCACCGUUAUCACCAGCCCCAAGAAAAAUUCUCGAAAUUGGAGCAACAGUCUGCAAAGAGGAUCGAAAGGAGUGAGGUUGGAAGAUGAUGACAUCGAUGUUGAGGGAGGCUAUAACAAUGCGCCACGACAGAAGAGCACGGAUAGCGGACUGUCGUCCCUCGAGAUGGACACAUGGCCUCAAAGACCACAGCCUAAGUCUUGGCCUUUAAAUUGA